GUCAGAGGGGUCUGUUAUAGUUUUGCUUGCUUCUUCACCUUGUCAAAGUUCCUCCAGAGCACAAACAGAAGAACCUUUAAGGGUUAAACACCACCACCACCCCCACACUUUUUUUUUUCCUAGUUAUAAAUGACACUAUAAAUCUCUGGGUUGAACCUGUAGCCAGAGCAACACAUCUCGAUCAUUCUUUCUAUUGUAAAUGACUCGCAUUCGAUUCACUUAGUUCAAAUGAAUCGAAUCAGUAGAGUUGUAAAUGAACAGUGGUGGAGCAGGUUUCUCGUUUUCAAGCUGGACAGCACAUCUGGACAGUUUCACCAGCAGCACAUCUGGACAGUUUCACCAGCAGCUCAUCCUGGACCAUUUUUCAUGUUGCGUCUUCUAACCGGUGUCCAAGUGCGCACUCGGUUUUAACGGGUCAGCUCGGAAUGAACGCGUCUGAGGGAUUCGGGGUCCUGAACCGGACGCAGGAGCAGCUGGACGGCGCGAGAGCCUGCUGCAACUUCACAACCGCCGCCGCGUCUGUGCCCGGAAACGGCGACGCGUUCCUGCUCGAGCGCGAGCAGUUGGUGGGGCGGCUCGUGCAGAUCGCCGUGCUCUGCGUGCUCUCACUCACCGUCGUCUUCGGGGUUUUCUUUCUCGGCUGCAACCUCCUCAUCAAAUCCGAGAGCAUGAUGAACCUCCUGGCGGAGGAGCGCAGAGCGUCCAGAGACGCGGAGAUCACCACUGCCGCGUGACGCCCGGUGACCCGGGGACCGGUGACCCGCCUCGCGCGCUCACACCCGCCAUGACUUUUAAACAGUGUGAUUUGGGUUUGUUUGUUUGUUUGUUUUGUUGUUUU